AUUUUCAUCCAACCAGUGUGCGCACACUGGGAUGCUGAAACAAGGCGGGGCUGACCCUUCCGAAGUCCCGCAGACAGUGAGGAAACCUUCUUCUGCUGUUGUUGUUGCAGCUUCAUGGUAUCUCAGAGACAGACAUGAAUUCAGCAGAGCAGACCGUCACCUGGCUCAUCACGCUCGGAGUCUUGGAGUCUCCCAAGAAGAGCAUCUCGGAUCCGGAGGCUUUCCUCCAGACGUCCCUGCAGGAUGGAGCGGUGCUGUGCCGGCUGCUGGAGCGACUCAGACCCGGGACGAUGGACCGAUUCUUCCAGGAACCGAGGAACGAAGGCGAGAGUCAGAGGAACAUCAGCGAGUUCAUUAAAGGCUGCGGAGCUCUCAGUGUGGAGGCUUUCGAGGUCAAUGACCUCCUGCAGGGGCUGAACUUCUCAAAGGUCCUGAACUCCUUGGUCGCGCUCAGCAAAGCCACAGAGGAAUCAGGUGUUCCUGAGGACAGUGUGUGUGUGCCGCACACCUCCUCAUCCAGGAUCAAAUCAUUCGACUCUUUGAACACUCAGACUCGCUCCUCCAAACUGCUGCAGCCUCAGUACCGAAGUCUGGACAUGUCGGAGGGCAGCGGCUGCGGCCACAUCCUGGUCAAGGCGCGCUUCCCCUUCGCGCAGACCAACGAGGACGAGCUCUCUUUCUCCAAGGGUGACAUCAUCAGUGUGAGCCGGCAGGAGGAUGGGGGAUGGUGGGAGGGCUCGGUCAACGGCAAGUCGGGGUGGUUCCCGAGCAACUACGUACGGGAGCUGAAAGGAGGAGAUAAAACAUUAGAGAGGCAAAAGUCUAACACUCUGAAGAGUCCUCCCAAGGGUUUUGACACCACCAUCAUCAGCAAGACGUACUACAAUGUGGUCCUGCAGAACAUCCUGGAAGCAGAGAGUGAAUAUUCACGGGAGCUGCAGAGUCUGCUGGGCUCAUACCUGCGCUCUCUUCACCCCACAGACAGACUCAGCAGUGUGGACAUCAGUCACAUUCAGGGAAAUCUGGAGGAGAUCUCAACGUUCCAGCAGAUGUUGGUUCAGUCGUUGGAGGAGCACACAAAACUCCCAGAGAACCAGCAGAGGAUCGGAGGGUUCUUCCUGAAUCUGAUGCCCCAGAUGAAGAUCAUCUACGUGGCUUACUGCACCACCCACCCGUGUGCGGUGCAGGUUCUCACCCAACACAGUGAAGAGCUGGGGGAGUACAUGGAGUCGAAGGGGGCAUCCUCUCCUGGGAUCCUGACUCUGACCACCAGUCUGAGCAAACCCUUCACCAGACUGGAGAGAUACCCGACGCUGCUCAAAGAGCUGGACCGGCACAUGGAGGAGCAGCAUCCAAACAGAGCUGAUCUUCAUACUUCCAUCACGGCCUUCAAAAGCUUUGCAGCUCAGUGUCAGGAGGUGAGGAAGAAGAAGGAGCUGGAGCUGCAGAUCUUAACAGAUCCAAUCAGAAACUGGGAGGGCGAUGACAUCAGAACCCUCGGUCCUGUUAUCCACAUGUCCCAGACCACCAUCCACACGCAGAACUGUCAGGAGUCAAACGAACGCUACCUCGUCCUCUUCUCUCACACGCUGCUCGUGCUCUCUGCCAGUCUGAGGAUGAGUGGAUUCAUCUAUCAGGGGAAGGUCCCUCUGUCCGGGAUGCUGAUCUCCAGAAUAGAAGACGGAGAAACCCUGAAGAACGCUUUUGAGAUCUCCGGUGGUCAGUGUGAGCGGAUGCAGGUCGCGUGUAACAGCCAGCAGGAUCUGCAGGACUGGCUGGACCUUCUCACGAAACAGACACACACUCCGGCUGUGCACACACACACGCACAAGCCUCAGUCGGUGUGUCACACGCUGCCCUCUCACCCCGUCACUCCGUCCAGACACUCUGAGUCUCGUGGCGGCAGCACAGGAAGCAUCUACCACACGCUCCCUCACCCCACUUCAUUCGGGAGCACACACACCAGCAGCUCCAUGUGGGGGCCUCUGGAGCAACCGAGUACCCCCAAACCCUGGAGCCUGAGCUGCCUCCGCCCUGCGCCUCCUCUCCGGCCUUCUGCUGCUCUCUGCCAGAAGGAGGAUAUGAGUAAAAGUCCAAAGAACAUGAAGAAGCUGCUUCCUAAGAGGAAACCAGAGAGGAAACCUUCAGAGGAGGAUUUCACCGUCAGGAAAAGUACGGCCGCUCUGGAGGAGGACGCUCAGAUUCUGAAAGUGAUCGAGGCGUACUGCACCAGCGCCAAGACGCGACAGACUCUCAACUCCAGCUCCAGCAGGCAGAACGUCCACAUGCUGUUCCCCGAGGAGGAGAAGAUCAUCGUGGAGGAGACAAAGAGCAACGGGCAGACGGUGGUGGAGGAGAGGGGUCUAGUGGACACCGUGUACUCUCUGAAGGAUGAAGUACAGGAGCUCAAACAGGACAACAAGAGGAUGAAGAGGACGCUGGAGGAGGAGCAGCGAGCGAGGAAGGAUCUGGAGAGGAUCAUCAGGAGGGUUCUGAAGAGCAUGAACGACCCCACGUGGGACGAGACUAACCUCUGAGAUCAUUGGUAGGGACUAGACUAACUCUUGACUUUAAAAAAACGGGCCAAAUGACCUUUGAACUGUUGCCAAUAACACUUUCACUUGAACCAAACCGGACCAAGAGGAAAACCUACCACCGCCGUCGUCGGUGAAGCCAUCCUAAAGACCGUAACGCUGUGACGUCGAAUCAGCUGGUAGGCACGAUGACAUCACUUCCCUCUUCGGCCUUUUUAUAGCGCACUGAUGAACGAAUCACUUCUUUAUUUACUUUUGUAUUCAUGUUUCAUUCUUCUGUGUGUGUUUCUGUCAUCAGAGAAGAACAAGGACAGUAUUUAUGGACCGGCCUGGUGCGUGUUGAACGUCUCCUCACUGACGGUUUAUUUAUUUUAUUUCAGAGACGUGAGAGAGAACGUGGUAAAGAUUUAAUCUGCUGCGUUUUUCAAUCAUCUUAUUGUGAAAAAAAAAUCUGCUUUAUGAUUCGUGUUAUUGAUUUUACGUCUCCGUCUGAGCGUGCUCGAACAACAAUCUGAGUUUCAUGAAUAAUAAAUAAUGUGGAGAGCAUCAGUCGCUACUUUAAGCUUAAACUACGAUUAACCAGCUCAUAUAAGUGACCUCAUUUUUACAGGAUUAUGUGCCGUCAAAUAACUGCUGCAGAAGAUCUAUUUUCUCCCACAAUGCAUUGCUUCUUUUGAUUACUUUGCUUAUUGUGACUGUUUUUUAAUUCUAGUUGAUUCUACACACUGGAUUCUGUGCAUUAAUGGUCGUUUGGCGACAAAACUGCAGAACAAUCAACCCUUUAAUGAUCCACUUGUAGGAGCUGGAGGAUAGAUGAUGUAUAAAUACUGGAAUAUUAAUUUAAGUGCACACUCUGAGAGUCUGAGGAGAUCAGAGCAAGUCUUUUCUGCGCACAGGGAUGUGUCUCAGAAGCAUCACUUCUCUGUUCGUCUUAUGUUUUACUUUAUAGAUCAAAUACGUAACGUCUGCUCCGUUUGAAGAACAAAAUCUAAACACCGCUAUGAAGAGUUUUUAUGAUUUUUAAGAAGUCAGUGAGAUGAUUUCUUAUUUUUAUAUCUGUGAUGGUUUUUAUUUCUAACAGCUGGUUUUGAUUUGUGACCGUUUUCUACUGAAGCCGCUCGAUGAUUUAUACUGAGACCUUCCUUUGCUACUGUUAUUUAACUCUAAUGACCCCGUCUGUGAGCUCUGAUGUAUUUAACUUAAAGAUGUUCUGUGUUAGUAGAAGAAGAAUCGUCCCCAUCCAUCUAUUUAUUUCACCUCAGUAUCUGUGAAUAAACGUUGAAUCAAACG